UUCUUUUCUUCUUUUGCAGGUUGGCAGGGAACACCAGUAACCUGUGGCAUGAGGUGGUGAAAGUGGCCACUGCUAACUGGGCAUGUGCAGACGCAGGAAUCCUACUCCUCAUGGGCUCCAGUCUGUGCUGCUGGCCCCAGCCCCAGGGCUCUGAGAGGUCCCUGCUGCCACACCACAGCAACCUGCUGCCAUCCAUGCGUGUCCACUGCUGAAGGCCUCGGCAGCCCCUGCCCAUGAGGAUGUACGCCCCCAUAAGGGGGCUGUUCUUAGCCCUGAUGGUAGUGUUGAGGACAGCCGUGGCAUUUGCCCCUGUGCCUCGGAUCACCUGGGAGCAUGGAGAGGUGGGUCUGGUGCAGUUUCACGAGCCAGGCAUCUUUAACUACUCAGCCCUGCUGAUGAGUGAGGACAAGGACACUCUGUACGUGGGUGCCCGGGAAGCUGUCUUUGCGGUGAAUGCACUGGACGUCUCUGAGAAGCAACAUGAGGUGUAUUGGAAGGUCUCUGAGGACAAAAAAGCGAAGUGCGCAGAAAAGGGGAAAUCAAAGCAGACGGAAUGCCUCAACUACAUCCGAGUGCUGCAGCCGCUGAACACCACUUCCCUCUAUGUGUGUGGGACCAAUGCAUUCCAGCCCACCUGUGACCACCUGAACUUGACAUCCUUCAAGUUUCUGGGGAAAAAUGAAGAUGGGAAAGGAAGAUGCCCCUUUGACCCCGCCCAUAGCUACACAUCAGUCAUGGUUGGGGGCGAGCUCUACUCUGGGACAUCGUAUAAUUUCCUGGGCAGCGAACCCAUCAUCUCUCGGAACUCUUCCCACAGUCCUCUGAGGACGGAGUAUGCCAUCCCGUGGCUGAAUGAGCCUAGCUUCGUCUUUGCUGAUGUGAUCCAGAAAAGCCCAGAUGGUACAGAAGGCGAGGAUGACAAGGUCUACUUCUUCUUUACGGAAGUGUCUGUGGAGUUUGAGUUCGUUUUCAAGUUAAUGAUCCCACGAGUCGCCAGGGUGUGCAAGGGGGACCAGGGUGGCCUGCGGACUUUGCAGAAGAAGUGGACCUCCUUCCUAAAGGCCAGGCUGAUCUGCUCCAGGCCAGACAUUGGCCUGGUCUUCAACAUGCUUCAGGAUGUCUUUGUGCUGCGGGCCCCGGACCUCAAGGAGCCUGUGUUCUAUGCAGUCUUCACCCCACAGCUGAACAAUGUGGGUCUAUCUGCGGUUUGUGCCUACACGCUGGCCACGGUAGAGGCGGUCUUCUCCCGUGGGAAAUACAUGCAGAGUGCCACAGUGGAGCAGUCGCACACCAAGUGGGUGCGCUACAAUGGCCCAGUGCCCACUCCCCGGCCUGGAGCGUGCAUUGACAGUGAGGCUCGGGCAGCCAACUACACCAGUUCCUUGAAUCUCCCAGACAAAACGCUGCAGUUUGUAAAAGACCACCCUUUGAUGGACGACUCAGUGAUGCCGAUAGACAACAGGCCGAAGCUGAUCAAAAAAGAUGUAAACUACACCCAGAUAGUGGUAGACAGGACUCAGGCCCUGGAUGGGACCUUCUACGAUGUCAUGUUUAUCAGCACAGACCAGGGAGCUCUGCAUAAAGCUGUCAUCCUUGGGAAAGAGGCGCACAUCGUUGAGGAGACCCAGCUCUUCCAGGCCUCUGAGCCAGUGCAGACUCUGCUGCUGUCAUCAAAGAAGGGGAGGAGGUUUGUCUAUGCUGGUUCCAACUCAGGAGUGGUCCAGGCUCCCCUGGCCUUCUGCGGAAAGCACGGUAGCUGUGAGGAUUGUGUGCUGGCACGGGACCCCUACUGCGCCUGGAACCCAGCCACCAGGGCCUGUGUUGCCUUGCACCAGGCAGAGGGCUCCAGCAGGGGCUGGGUUCAGGAGAUGAGUGGUGACACAUCCUCAUGCCUGGAUAAGAGUAAAGAAAGUUUCCAUCAACAUUUUUUCAAGCACGGUGGCACAGCAGAACUCAAAUGCUUCCAAAAGUCCAACCUGGCCCGGGUGGUGUGGAAGUUCCAGAACGGCGAGUUGAAGGCUGUGAGUCCCAAGUAUGGCUUUGUGGGCAGGAAGCACCUGCUCAUCUUCAACCUGUCGGAUGGAGACAGUGGCGUGUACCAGUGCCUGUCAGAGGAAAGGGUGAGGAACAAGACGGUCUUCCAGCUGCUUGCGAAGCACGUCCUGGAAGUGAAGGUGAUCCCUCGGACCCCCGCUUCACCUGCCUCACAGGCUGCUCAGACAGAAGCCUCGUCUUCUAAGUCCUUCCCUCCUCCUGGCUCCUCUCUGUCCUGUCUGGGCCCUGGCUCAUCUUCUCCCAGAAGUCCCUGGCCGGCCUUGGCCUCAGGGCCCAACAGCCGUAAGCGGGUUACCUUGCUGCCACCCUUCCUGAGUGACCAGGCACAGCGGGUACAGGCGCUGGGGACCUUCUACCUCUUCUGCCAGGCCACAGGUCCAGCAGAUGUCCACUUCAUCUGGGAGAAGAACAGGCAUGCCCUGGAGACGUGUGUACCUAUGCAGACCCAUGCACUGCCCGAUGGCAGAGCCCAUGCCCUCAGCUGGCUUCGGGACACCAUCCAAGAAACCACCGAAUACAGCUGCUCUGUCCUCUCUUCAGCAGGGAACCAGACCUCCAAGGUUCAAAUUACUGUCAUGAGACACGAGGCAUUCCCGCAAGAAAAGUGGAGCCAGGAGCUUGCUGCAUGGCGCGCUGUGGCUGGGGAGCAUGACCGGUUGAUGCAGGGCUGGAGGAAGGCAUGGGAAAGCUGCAGCAAGGAUAACUUCUAGCCACCUGAGGCAGUUCUCGACAGACCCCAAGGGACCUUGCUGACACUAGCUGCAGACACACCUGGUGAAGGCACCGCACCUAUAGCACCAAGCUGCUUUGUCUCGGCUGGGUCCACACAGCCAGUUGCCACUGCCUGAGUGUCCCCUCCUAGAGGUUGGGAUCUCUAGGCCUGAAGCCCAGUAGGCCUGAGAUAGAGAGCAGGAACCUUCACAUUAGCUGCUUCUGUAGCAGAGGGAUCAGUCUGCCAGGCUCAAAUAGUAGCUGAGCUGCUUAGGAGGCCCCACACCAAGCAGUCGAUAGAGCAGCAUGUGAUGUUUAACUGGAUGGCGGCCACCCUGCAUUACCUCCAAGACUUCACUGCACACUCAUGCCCUCCCCCAGGGUCAGCACAGCUAACCUCCAUUCUGGUUCUGUGGAUCUAAGUCAAAUCUGCUGCUGUGGCCACCUAGUAAACAAGCCAUUUAUUUUGUUCUAGAGUCCACACUGGGACAGGAGAGGUGAGAGUCCAUGUGAGAAUAUUUUGCCUUAAACCUUGAGUGAGGAUGAGGGAGUUGCUCUUCGCUUAUCUCAGAACACAAGGCUGUCUUCCAAAGCACAGUGGCUCCUACCCAUGUUUACCCUAUCAGCGCUCCGCUUCUGAGGUAGAAAAGCCAAACAGGUCAAUUAUGCAAACCUUCUGGUGCCCUAUUAAACGUUUUGCCAGUGCUGAGUAAUCGUGUCUUGUAGGUGCUUCCAAGUCUAUAUUACAGUCAAUCUUUGAAGCUUGUGGGUAUGUAUAAUCUGGGGAGGUGUGGCCCAAAACCUGCUCAGCCUUUAAUCUUGGCAGGCAUGUCUCUUCUUGUCAAUCAUAAAACCUCAAACUCUGCUCAAAACAAAAUCAUGGCCCUCUAUAGUUCCCUGGAGAUACUGCUUUGCUCAGCCUGAUCAAUGUCCCUUCUUUCUGGGACAAAUGAGUCAGGUAACCUUCCAGGAGUGGCGUUAGCUGGUCCCUCCUGGGCCCAGUAUGAAAAGAUCUUGAGGCCAGUUCUGGACAGACACACCCUGGUGGUCGUGCGUAAUUGUCCCCUCAUCUAGACACUGCCUGGCACCGGUCACUUACUCAGCCAAUGCACACUAACCAUGCUUGCAGCACCACCAUACCUUUGCAACCAUUUUUUU